GAUUAAUAUUCCAGCCGUCGUAGAAGCCCAGCAUGAUCAGAAAGACAGAGGGUGUCUAAACCACACCCUGAAAUCAGUCAGGUGUAACAAAACCCCUGGCCGUACGGUACGUGACGCGUAAUACAUAUUACCGAAAGCAACUGCCUUAAACUCGUUCUUAUUCCCGGGCCUUUCUCGCCGUCGUCCACGACUCCUCUUCCUCCCUGCAGCGGGCAUAUCAAUAACCGAAUUCAUCUCCCCCAGUUUCGCUUUAUUUCUUUCCGUGCUCAGCAGUCUCUCUGCUUUUGUCAGCGUUUGGGCUUUUGUUGUUUAUCCCUUCCUCAAUUCCAGUUCCAGACCAUAUACACGCACCACCGUAAUUCAUAAUGGGCGAGUCCAAGGAAUUCACCCUGCAGGAAGUUGCAGAGCACAACACCAAGAAGGACCUGUACAUGGUUAUCCACGAUAAGGUCUACAAUGUCUCGUCUUUCCUGAGCGAGCAUCCGGGCGGUGAGGAGGUCAUUCUCGAUGUCGCCGGUCAAGAUGGAACGGAGGCCUUCGAGGACGUCGGACACAGUGACGAGGCACGCGAGAUCCUAGAUGGCAUGUUAGUUGGUGACCUCAAGCGGUUGCCAGGUGACCCCGCCGCCCCCAGGACCGCCGCUCCUACUGCCUCGUCUUCCUCUAGCGGAUCCUCUUCCAGCUUCGGUGUCGGCCUCUACGCUUUCAUUCUCCUAGGUGGUGCCGUUGCUUACGGCGCUUACCAGUACUUGCAGACUUCCAACGCAGCCCAGCAGCAAUAGAAAAUUACAAACCGAAUCCAGGGCGUCACGGCUUUUACAUUUCUAUUUUUUUUUUUUUGUUAUUUAUCAUUUUCUUUAUUAAUUUACUUCCCUUUUCUCUCGUUCUGUGUAAAAACUCGCGGAGUGAAGAAAGGGGAUCUUCUCAAGAUAUCCGGUAGCUAUGCAGAGAGAUAUGUUAACUAGCAUUUCAUCGCCAUCUUGGUGCAUUUAGUACUGCUUAUUAUUAAUCCCCAU